AUGCUCUCCAACUCAUCGGCGCCGGCACAACAUCCUCGUCUCCACCCUCGAUUCCGGCCACCAUCAUCCUACUUAAGUCACGUCGGCCAUUGUCGGGGGUAUUUUGAGAGUACUGCGAGUGCUCUAAGCCUCGGCCAACCACUCUUUUCGUCCCUGUUCUCCUUUCUGUUACCGCAUCGUCCCCCUCGUGCCAUCGGUCCAUUCCAGGCCGCCGUGGCGGCUUACGGGGCACCUCCUGGUGCUGUCUCGUCGGGCUACGGCCCUGACGCAGGCGCAGUGGUGGCUGCACGGCAGCGACAUCAGUCUCGUUCUCGUGGCCAGCACCAUCCUUCGAUCCCCCCGUCCCCAUAUUCGGCUCAUCACCACCUUGCAGGCUCGCAGCCGAAUCCCUACUCUCCCUAUGGAAUCGACAAUGCCUCGCCAACGUACACGACAAGUGCCAGCAGCGGUGGGGGCAACUACACCACAAGCCCGGCACCGCAUGGCCACUUCGAAAUGCCGGCUGCUAAGCGCCAAAGGGUGUCUGACGCAGGUAUUUCACGGAGGCCCAGCCAAACGACUGCCCAUUCGGGCACUGCCAGCCCGAGAAAGUUGCACGCGGUGGAUGGGCCGACUCCACCGCCCUUUCCCAGGGGCAACGAGACCUCUACCGGACGUGAGAAGACCGCAAGUGGGCGGGAAAGCGAGCCCAGGGAAACAGUGCCAUCCGAAGUGUCGCCAACGGUGGCCAAGCCGAAGCGUGUGCGAACGGGAUGUCUGACGUGCAGAAAUCGGCACCUGAAGUGUGACGAGGCCUUGCCAACCUGUUUGAACUGCCAGAAAAGCAAUCGCAAGUGCGAGCGUGGUAUUAGGCUUAACUUUAUAGAUCUUAAGGUGGAGCAGCCGCCCGUUUUGCUACCACCCGUAGAUUGGAAAGUUAAAUUUCAAGAUGAGUCUCGACAGAUUGCUUCAGAGUAUGUUGGAGGCGCAGCCAGAUAUGCCAAACUGACUUCGGGACCUGUUACGCCCUCACGGGAGACACCAGGCGCCGAGUCACGACCACAACGUCCGAGCAAUCCCAUCGGCCCAGGCUCUAGCCGUGUCGUGGAAACCAACAGGGCUGCCCCAUUUGCAUCCGCGCAUGCGGUAUACUAUCCUGGGACAUUACACCGCACCGUCCAAGAGCAGACUUUCACGGGCUACGAAGAGCAAUUGUCACACACACACUCACGAAAGAGCAGUGAUGCGUUCCUCGCUUUGAGCUCUGGACCCACGCCUGGAUCAUCCCAUUCUGGAGGCGGGGGAAGAGCACCGUCAUUCAGCCUGGGCCCGCUGCACGAUCCAUACAGCAUGCGGGAGGAGGCUUACCAGACAGGUUAUGGAUAUAGGUCCGGCGACGGUUCCAGCGUAGCAUCUUCGCUCGUUCCCCAGGGUGUUGCUGCGUCCUCUUCAGGAUCUUACAGACAUGCCACGGGAUCCGGCGCGCCCGAUCCUCAUGACGGACUCAUGACACCGCAAUCUGAGAAGACUGGAGAGCGGGACUACUUAAACACCCCAGAGGAGAUUCAUUACAUGCAGGUCUUUAUCGAAGAUGUGGCGGUGUGGAUGGACAGCCUGGACAACCAAAAGCAUUUCGGCCGCAUCAUCCCAUAUUUAGCGCUGAAAUCGCCCAUGCUGCUCAAUGCCUUUUUUGCCUGCGGCGUAAAACACCUGACUCUGGUGGACGGCGGCAGUUACAAGGACGAUAAAGCCUUGUAUUACUACGAUACAGCGACAACACAACUUCUUCGAAGUCUACAAAAUCCGGAGCGCGAUACAGAGGAGUGCGCUACCACUGCAGUGGUAUUGAAUGUGUACGAAAUCAUGAGUGAGAGGCCCGCUGCUAGAAUGAACCACAUUGCUGGUGCAAGAGCCUUGAUCCGCGAAUGCAAAUGGAACGCUAAAAGCACUGGAAUCGGAGCAGCAUGCUUUUGGCUUAAUGUUGGAAUGGAGAUUCUCAGUUGCCUGGCGUUCAACUGGGCAAUAGCGUGGGAUCCGGAUCAUUGGGGCGUGGACCCAAACGAAUUAAUGAACAUGACACCCGACUCGCCAGGUCGCGAGGGAAAAACGCCGAAUGCGAGCGAAACCGGUCACCAUACGACUGCACCAGUAACCGAGGAUUCGCCAUUGCUUUUGAGCAGCAUUGCUGGAGUUGGUGACGAGGAAGUCUGGGUUCACAGGAUCCUAUACAUCGUGGCCAAGGUGGCCAACUUCAGAGCGAGCAUACCGCAGUUCCAGGAACCAAGUCCGCAUGAUGAACAGGUCAAACUGCAGAGCCGGUUCCAGGAGUGGCAGCAAUUGAAGCAUUGGUGCGACACAUGGAAUGCUAAUUGUCCAAGGUCGUUGAGGCCGUAUGGCUAUCUCUUUGCCGCCUCAACCAAAUCAGCAUUCCCAAAUGUGUGGCUCAUCAAACGCGUCGCCAUUGUAGGCCGCCUCUUCUACCAUACCGCCAUGUGCCUGCUCGCUCAAAUCAACCCAUUGAAACCUCCCCACCACGAUGACGAGGAGUCACGAAUACAGCAGCAGCAUCACGCUCACCAAGUUUGUGGCAUUAUUGCGCACACCAAGGAUGCCGGUGUCUCAUCUGUUGCAAUACGGUCACUCGCAAUUGCGGGAGCCGUGCUGAGGGACCCCAGGGAACAGAAUGAGGUCCUGGCCAUGGUGAACCGGAUUUACCGAUUGACUGGGUGGAAUCUUAAGGGAGUCAUCGGGGAACUGAGAAGAGCAUGGGGGUGGGAUCCACCAGAUGUACCACCAAGUACGGCAACUUCGACAGCUCCGUCCCUGCCUCCACACGCCGCGUCUGCGCCUGUCAUCGCCCCUGCUGCACAAGGUGGGACGCUGGGUGCCGCAGCGGUGAUCAACCAGCUCUUUGGGCCACGCGACCCCUCGGGGCAUUCCACAAUGCUACAACAGCAGCAACAGGAGGACACGCGGCGUACCUCGCAGCCGCCAUUGCCACCGGUCAUACCCUCCGCGGCGGCGGCGGCGGCAGCAGCAGCAGCCGAACGCCACCGCCACGCUUCCCUAACCAGCAACCCGCCGCCGCUACUCCCGUCGUACUCCAUGUUCUCAGCAAGCUCCAACACGGCAACGGGAGUUGCCAGACACGGUAGCAUCGCAAGCAGCAGUCACCCCAGCCCAGCCGGUACGGCCCACACACCCGCCUCGAUGUCGGUGUCCAGCACGGCGGCGAACGCGCCGACACCGCCCUCGCGGCCGAUGGUGAACCCGCUGCUGGCGCAGGCGGACUUCAACCAGCCGAACCACCCAUAUCGCGAGUGGUACAAGCCGCCAGAGAAGGGAAGCGCUUCACACCACUCAUUUGGGUCAGGUGGAGGAGGGCUUUGGCCUUACUAG